GGGCCUGGUCCACAGUAUUUUGUGUGGACCGGGUAUAUUUAUGAAUUUUAUAUUUCCCCAACUCCUUUCACAGUCUCACCCUUCCCAUAUCCUCCUCGUCGAUUCUGAGAUUCUCGCUCUAGCUUUCUCUCUCUACUUUGGAUUAAUUCCACUUUCUCAGUUAUAUCAGAAUGGGAGAAUCGGUGAAACAGUUUAUUCCUGAGGUACAAAAGGCAGAUAAGAAGGCACCCUUUUGUGUAAAGUUGAUCUGGUCUGUUAUUGCGUGGUUAGUAGUUGGGUUGUGCAUUCAGAUUCCAGUAUAUGGAAUUCACUCCACGGUGUGGGCUGAUCCGUUCCCUUGGAUGUCUGUCAUCCUUCCUGUUUCCAUUCGUAGAAUCUUCCUGUAUUUUGUAAUUGUCUUCCCCCUCGUCAUGUCUAAGUUGGUGAUGCAUCUAUUGGUUUGGUUUGACACUAUUCAACUUGACAUAAAUGUCGAAGAGGACCGUGAACUUUGGGAUCGUGGACAGAAGUUGUUGGGAAUGGCGAUAGCGGCUUUUGUGGCUGUAGCAUAUGUUCUUUGUGGGAUGUAUGGAAGUAUUGGCGAGCUCGGUGAUGGCAACACUCUUCUUAAAAUGUUUCUAUUGUACAUGGGUGGAACCAUUGUCAUCUUCCGAGAAGACUUUGAAAAGAGUUACGGUCUACAAUCUAAUGAAAUCGCCGCAACCGCGAACUUGGUGGUCAAAUAAUUCACAAGGCCAAAAUUCUAAGUCUCGUGAUUUUGCUUUUGUUGGUGUGUUCCUGUUGCAACAUGUACUUGUGAACAAAAGAAAUCAUAGAAAAAGAAAUUAAUGUAAUGUAACUAGGAAAAUUUUACUUCUCCCUAUCGCAUAGGACGUUUAUCUUUCGUAAUAGGCUAUAUAAAUAUAUGCAUCUUUUUUCACCAACAAAAAGUUAAUUUCAAACUUCUCUUAUAAA